AAUAAAACCCCAAAAAAUUCCAAAACACAAACCCAAAAAUGGCAUCACAUUUCCGCUGAACACCAAAAAAAGCAUUUCCAAUGGCUCUUCUCGUUCCGUCACCGGAAAUCUCCAGAGUCUUCUCUAACCCUAACCCUAACCCUAACCGUAACGGCUUCCGAUUCCCGACGAACAAUGACAAAUUCGGGUCGAAAUCCGUUAGGGUUUGCUCCGGGAUUAAGGACAGUGCGGUGAGGACGUCGGAGUUGGACCGGAAUUUAAGGCCGUACGGGCAGUUCUCGGCUCCGGUAAAGCAGGGUCCGAAGCCGAGCAAGGAAGAUCAGGAGAAGCAGGAGUACUAUGUGAAUAUGGGGUAUGCGAUUCGGACUCUCAGAGAGGAGCUUCCUGAGCUCUUCUUCAGAGAGCUCAGCCUCAACAUUUACAGGGACGAUAUCACAUUCAAAGAUCCGAUCAAUACCUUUACGGGCAUUGAGAAUUACAAGUCUAUAUUUUCGGCACUACGUUUCCAUGGCCAGAUAUUUUUCAAGGCCUUGUGGGUUGAUGUCAUUAGUGUAUUGCAGCCACUGGACAAUGUUGUAAUGGUUCGCUGGACUAUUCAUGGCAUGCCACGAGUUCCUUGGGAAAGUCGGGGUCGGUUUGAUGGAACCUCUGAGUACAAACUUGACAAGAAAGGCAAGAUCUAUGAGCAUCGUGUUGAUAACAUUGCUCUGAAUUCGCCUCCGAAGUUUCAGAUGCUGGGCGUAGGCGACAUAAUGCAAUCUCUUGGGUGCCCCUCCACUCCGAAGCCGACUUUUUUUGAAACUUCAUCAUUGCCAUCUUCAAAGAGGACUUGAUGAUGCCUAGUUCUUUCAUGCUGUGCACAGUCAAGUAAAUCUCGAGUUAGAGUUGACAUAUAUAACAGUGACAAAAAGUUGGUUUAGAUUGCAAAAUGUUGCCCAAGUUGAUGAGGCACUGCCAGACUAGAAUAGCGGAUAUCAAAUGUAUUUAUCAGUUUAAACUACUCAGAUUGACAGAUUCUGAGUUCUGCCAUAUACAAUGCUUGUGUACUCUGUAUAGUAUGAGAUGAUAGCAGGUUCCUCAUGAUCCUAGAAUUCCAUCUUAUUGUAAUAUCAUAUCAUAGAACGCAUAUCAUCAGUGACCACGGCCACGAGAACGCUUCACUUUUGGUUACUUGACUUAUGAAAAGAAAGGCACAGUUUUGUAAUUCGGUGCCAUUUAC